AUGGCAAUGUUAGCGAACACAGAUUUAGAAAGGAUAAAUGAAACUACUAGGGUACCCUUAAUAGAGGGUCAUGGAGAUGAAGGAGGAGCAAACAAAACAAGCUGGUGGAAGAAAGUGUUGGACGUGGAGGAGGUCAAGAAACGGGUCUUGUUUUCAUUGCCAAUGAUUUUUACCAAUCUUUUCUACUAUUUGAUCACUUUGGUGUCAGUCAUGUUUGCUGGCCAUCUUGGGAAGCUUGAGCUUGCUGGUGCAACCCUUGCCAAUUCACGGGCCAUUGUUACUGAAAGAAGAGCAAGAAGAAGGAGAAAUUUAGAAGACAAAGGCUGUAUGAGAGUGAUCUUUGUGUGUUCUUCAUUGCUCUGUUUAUCAGUUACUGGUUUUGCUUUCAUGGUUGGGUUAAGUGGAGCUCUUGAGACGCUUUGUGGACAAAGGGUUAUUUGCAUAUGGAUUCCUGCAAAACAUCUUGAGAUUUCUUCAGGCACAAUUUGUUGUCCUGCCAUUGGUCUUCUCGUUCGUCCCCCUUGUUAUUCAUUUCGGCAUUGCUUAUGGUUUGGUACAUUGGACAGCUCUUGGUUACAAGGGAGCUCCACUUGCGGCUUCAAUUUCCCAUGGGAAGGUUUUUCGUUAGAAUCGUUCCAUUAUGUCCUUACUGAUUUGAAACUUGCCCUCCCCUCAGCACUAAUGGUAUGUUUGGAGGAAUGGGUUUUUGAGAUUCUGGUGUUGAUGGGAGGAUUGAUGCCAAACUCGGAAGAAAUAACUUCACUAAUGGCGAUGUCUGUGAAUACAGAAGCAAUUGCAUACAUUAUUAUAUAUGGCCUCAGUGCUGCUGCAAGCACAAGGGUGUCAAAUGACUUGGGAGCUGGCAAUCCUGACAAAGCUAAGAAGGCAAUGGCUGUGACUCUUAAGCUCUCUAUGCUUCUUGCUUUCGUUCUUGUUCUCACUGUUGUGGUCGGUCACAAUAUCCGGGUCAGCUUCUUCAGUGACAGCCACAUAAUAGCAGAGCAAUUUGCUUCCAUGGUGCCUUUGCUUGUAAUUUCAAUAAUUGUAGAUUCUGUGCAAAGUGUUUUAUCAGGUGUGGCCAGAGGAUGUGGAUGGCAACACUUGACUGUGUAUGUAAACAUUGUCACAUUCUAUUUGAUUGGCAUGACAAUUUCCAGUCUUCUUGGGUUUAAGUUCAAACUACAUGCCAAGGGCUUGUGGAUUGGUUUAACCUGUGGUCUCUCCUGUCAAGCUGCCACAGUUUUGUAUAUUACACAGAGCACAAAGUGGACUGUGUUGGAUUUAUCUGAUAUUGCAGAGAGAGAAAAGCCAGUUUUGGUGUAA